CUGGAACGCAAAAUAGGAAGUCAGGUUUGCGGUAUUUUAGCAUGUGUAAAAAGCAGGGAUUGAUGUGAGAUCUGGCUCCAGUGCUUCACGUGAAAUAAGAGAACCUACAGCAUGAUAUGGAGAGAGACAGAAGCAGCCAUCAGUGGGACUGGAACUAUCCUCAUACUCGAAGGCGCCUUGAAGACCUGUUUUUUAGUGAAGGAGGUUACAUUAAAAGUGGCUCAGAGGAAAGUAAAGAGUUCUGGCUAUUUUUUGAGCGUUUUCAAAGAUUCCAAAAUCACCAGAAACCUGACAGGAGAAGUAACGAAAACAGCUCAAGGGAAGAAAGCGGUUUAACGUUGAUUGACCUUCCCAAGGUCUAUGACCCAAGAUACCGUAUUAAUGUUUCCAUUGUCCUCAGCAGAGACCUUGAAAAAGUUCUUCAUGGACAUCACAAAGAAAAAGGACGUAGCUCAAGAGAUUAUGGUGACUUUCCUAAGGAAAAGCUUGCUGAGUUUAAGAAAGCUAUUCUCCAUUACCUGGACUUUACCCAGAAACAAAGCUUUGGUAAAUUAGUUAAGCUCCGAAAAGAAAGGUCAAGCUUGCCAAUCUUUCAGUACAGGGAGAAGAUUGUUCGUUUGAUGAAGGAGCAUCAGGUUGUGGUGGUGGCAGGAGACACUGGAUGUGGAAAGUCCACUCAAGUGCCACAAUACCUAUUGGCAGCAGGAUUUGGACAUAUUGCCUGCACUCAGCCCCGCAGGAUAGCUUGUAUUUCAUUAGCCAAGCGGGUUGGGUUUGAAAGCCUAAAUCAGUAUGGCUCAAAGGUUGGCUAUCAAAUCCGUUUCGAGAGUAGCCGCUCCCCAGCUACAAAGAUUGUCUUCUUGACUGAGGGCCUCCUACUACGUCAAAUACAGAAAGACCCUGAGGUCCCUCAGUACCAGGUCCUUAUUGUGGAUGAGGUUCAUGAGCGGCAUCUUCAUAGUGAUUUUUUGCUGGGAGUUUUGCAGCGAUUGCUGCCAUUGCGUCCUGACCUGAAAGUGAUACUUAUGUCCGCCACCAUCAACAUCAAGCUCUUCUCUGGAUACUUUGACCAGGCCCCAGUCCUGCAGGUCCCAGGGAGACUUUUUCCUAUACAGGUACUCUACCAACCAAUUCCUCAGGAAGAGAAAGCCUCGAAGACAGAGAAGCUGGAUCCGAGGCCGUACCUUCGAGUACUACAGUCAAUUGAUCACAAAUAUCCAGCCGAGGAGAGGGGUGACCUUCUGAUCUUCUUGAGUGGGGUGACAGAGAUUAGCAGUGUACUCGAGGCAGUGCAGGUCUAUGCCACCCAGACUCAGCGCUGGAUCGUGCUUCCACUACACAGUACACUUUCCAUCGCAGAGCAGGACAAGGUGUUUGACUUGGCUCCACCAGGCGUGAGGAAAUGUAUAAUUUCCACUAAUAUCGCAGAGACCUCUGUCACCAUAGAUGGGGUGAGAUUUGUCCUGGAUUCAGGGAAGGUGAAGGAGAUGAGUUUUGAUCCCAAAGCCAAAAUGCAACGUCUGCAGGAAUUCUGGAUCAGUCGCGCAAGUGCUGAGCAGAGAAAGGGUCGAGCUGGCAGGACGGGCCCUGGCGUCUGUUACAGGCUCUACGCAGAAUCUGAUUAUGAUGCCUUUGCACCGUACCCGGUUCCAGAGAUCCAGAGAGUGGCCUUGGAUGCUCUGCUCCUGCAGAUGAAAAGUAUGGAUCUUGGGGAUCCCCGCUCCUUCCCAUUUAUUGAGCAGCCCCCCAUGUCCAGCAUAGAGACGGCCAUUUUCUAUUUGCGAGAUCAAGGUGCUCUGGACUCAAAUGAGGAGCUGACCCCCAUUGGAAAGCUGCUGGCCAAGUUGCCUGUAGAUGUUGUAAUAGGGAAGAUGCUGAUUUUGGGGUCGCUGUUUACCCUAUUGGAGCCAGUGUUGACUAUUGCCGCUGCACUUAGUGUGCAGUCCCCAUUCCUCCGCAGUGCAACUAAUAAUCCAGAGUGUGCCACAGCCAGGAAGCCCUUGGAAAGUGAUCAUGGAGACCCCUUUACGCUGCUAAACGUUUUUAAUGAGUGGAUACAGAUGAAAUCAAGUCGAAGCAGUAACUCCCGGAAAUGGUGCCGCCGUAGAGGGUUGGAAGAGCAAAGAUUGUACGAGAUGGCAAACCUUCGGCGACAAUUUAAGGAGCUGCUAAAGGAUCACAGGAUGCUGGAGGAGAGCGAAGCUCAUGUUGGAGACCGUAAUAGCCGCCAGCGGCAGCACAGGGAGCGGAAAGAGCUACACCAGCUAAAAAGACAGCAUGAACGCUCAGAGAAGCAGAAGCGCAAGGUGCUGAAGUUGCAGGAUCAGGAUAAUGGGUCCUCAAGUGAUGGAGAGGAAAGGUCCAACCCAAACAAGGAAGACAAUGUAGAUAUCCAGGACAUAAAGUUUAAGCUGCGCCACAAUGUGGAUCAACUGCGAGCGUCUAGUGCUGGACAGGAGCUUUCAAGCGCGCAACUAUCCCUACUUAAGCUUAUUGUGUGUCACGGUCUUUACCCACAGCUCGCAGUGCCUGACAGCUUUAACAGCUGCCGCAAGGACUCUGAUCAGGUCUUCCACACAAAGAGUAAACAUGGCAUAGUCCUUCAUCCAACUAGUGUCUUCUCCAGCAAUCCUGAGCUUCUACAGGUGGACAGCAACCAAGAAGAAGUAACUCCGGCAGACUCAAAGAAAAAAGGGCAGAGCAGUAAGCAUCAGAUUGUGGGAUUUGUGUCUCUCCUGGAGACAAACAAGCCGUACCUGGUGAACUGUGUCAGAAUGCCAGCUCUGCAUGGUUUCUUACUCUUAGCCCGUUCUUUGGACACGAGUGCUGACUGCUGCCGCAUAGUGUGUGAUAGCUGGAUGGAGAUCAAUGUGGAAGAACCCGAGGAGGCUCUGCGCUUAAUCUCAGAAGCAGUGCGACUGCGGUUGGCUUGGGAGAAGCUGCUGAAGUCCAGAUUGGAAAUGUCGUCUGGGCGAGAGGACUCUCAGAAGGAUGAUGAGCGGAGAAAGAGGAGAGAAAUCAAUUGCCUAGCCCAAAGUUUGGUGGAUUUUGUGAAGUCAAAGGUGGUGUACAGCGUGAGGAGGCUGGCUGCAUUGGAGACCCAGAAUUUGUAUGUCGGCCCUCAGACCAUGACCUCUGUCCCCUGCUUGCCUGGGGUAUUCAGCAACGAGGAUAUGAAGCCAGACCCUGUGAAAGGAGGUUACCAGGUCACUAGUUUCAUGACCUAUAAUUGCUUGUUGAAUGACACAGACUUCUACAGUGACUGUCUACGUUCCUUCUGGACCUGCCCACGCUGUGGUCUCUACAUGCCAUUCACACCUAUGGAGCGAAUGGCCCAUCAAAACACCUGCGCAGAGGAGAGUAAUGCAGGAGAAAGCAGCGAUCAUGCCAGCAAGGCCACAUCAGUGACUCCUCUGCACAAGAGCUAUCGCUGUGACAUCUGUCAGCAGGACUUGAUGUUGACUCCUACAGAAAUUCUGCGCCACAAGAGGCAGCAUCUUAGCAGUACAUGAUGAGCUGUUGUGACAUCUUUGAUUUUUUUUUUUUCUAACAAUCUAUUUUUAUAAUUUAUCAUCAUAUUUUGCAAAGAACCAAGAUGUUCUGUAACGGUGUAUUUUGAACGCGGCAAUUACCUUUUGGAGGACAAACAGUAAAAUGUGGAAUCCACUUUCAUGAGAAA